CUUGGCGGGAGCCGCUGCCGCUUAGAGGACCGGACUGACCACGGCGUCGCGCUCCAGUGACGUCAGUCCGAGGAAGCUGGCGGUCCUCGCUGGCUUCGGGAGUCUAGUCUGCGAUUCUCGCUGCCUCCUCCCGUGGGCCGAAGCUCUGGCGCUGUGCUACAGCCAAACAGAAGACAAGGUCUAUAGGACCAGGACUCCCCACCGGUCUCCACCACUUAUUCUCAUACACAUUCAGAUCUCAGAUCAACUGCCCGAUGGAAAAAUUGACGCCCAGAGCGGGGUUCCCUGAAGUAAAAUGGCCCAUCGACUGACCAGGGAGCAGCGAGUGAGAGCAGUAAAGCUGUACUAUCAAAACCAGUGCAACGGCGCAGCAACCGCUCGGUUGUUACGUGAAGAAUUUGGCAUCCGGCUCGUACAGAGUCGUAACAUCACGAGUCUGAUCAGGAAGUUUGAGGCAACCGGCAGUGUGCAUGAUGCCAAAAGGUCAGGAAGACGCGUUUCAGCGACGACGGAAGAAAAGGCUGCCGAGUUACGGGCAUCGUUGUUACGAAGCCCUCAAAAAUCCAGAAUGGAGGGAUCUAAGACGUCCAGCAACACCAUGCAGGUGAGCUUCGUGUGCCAGCGCUGCAGCCAGCCCCUAAAACUGGACACGAGCUUCAAGAUCCUGGACCGUGUCACCAUCCAGGAGCUCACAGCACCGUUACUUGCCACAGCCCAGGUGAAAUCAGGAGAGACCCAGGAGGAAGAGGCUAACUCGGGAGAGGAGCCAUUUAUUGAAACUCGCCAGGAUGGUGUCUCUCGCAGAUUCAUCCCCCCAGCCAGGAUGAUGUCUACAGAAAGUGCCAACAGCUUCACUCUGAUCGGGGAGGCAUCCGAUGGGGGAACCAUGGAGAACCUCAGCCGAAGACUGAAGGUCACUGGGGACCUUUUUGACAUCAUGUCAGGCCAGACAGAUGUGGAUCACCCGCUGUGUGAGGAAUGCACAGACACCCUUUUAGACCAGCUGGACACUCAGCUCAAUGUCACGGAAAAUGAGUGUCAGAACUACAAGCGCUGUCUGGAGAUCUUGGAGCAAAUGAAGGAGGAUGACAGUGAACAGCUGCAGAUGGAACUGAAGGAGCUGGCAUUAGAGGAGGAGAGGCUCAUUCAGGAGCUGGAAGACGUGGAAAAGAACCGUAAGAUAGUGGCAGAAGAUCUCGAGGAGGUCCAGGCCGAGGCCGAGAGACUGGAUCAGGAGGAGGCCCAGUAUCAGAGAGAAUACAGUGAGUUUAAACGACAGCAGCUGGAACUGGAUGAUGAGCUGAAGAGCGUAGAAAACCAGAUGCGCUACGCCCAGAUGCAGCUGGACAAGCUGAAGAAAACCAACGUCUUUAACGCCACCUUCCACAUUUGGCACAGUGGGCAGUUCGGCACGAUCAAUAACUUCAGACUGGGUCGCUUGCCCAGCGUUCCUGUGGAGUGGAAUGAGAUCAACGCUGCCUGGGGCCAGACGGUGUUGCUGCUCCAUGCCCUGGCCAAUAAGAUGGGGCUGAAAUUUCAGAGGUAUCGACUCGUUCCCUAUGGCAACCACUCGUACCUGGAGUCUCUGACCGACAAGUCUAAGGAGCUGCCGUUGUACUGUUCCGGGGGGUUGCGGUUUUUCUGGGACAACAAGUUUGACCACGCGAUGGUGGCGUUCCUGGACUGCGUGCAGCAGUUCAAAGAAGAGGUGGAGAAAGGCGAGACGCGUUUUUGUCUUCCCUACAGGAUGGAUGUGGAAAAGGGCAAGAUCGAAGACACGGGAGGCAGCGGCGGCUCCUAUUCCAUCAAAACCCAGUUUAACUCCGAGGAACAGUGGACAAAAGCUCUCAAGUUCAUGCUGACGAAUCUUAAGUGGGGUCUGGCUUGGGUGUCCUCACAGUUUUAUAAUAAAUGACUUUCUUUUUUCCUGAGGGGGAUGUUUGCCUUAAAGGCUUUAAAUUUUGUUUUGUUUAGAAAAUGUUUUUAAAUUAAAUUCGGGUACUGUUAAACAGCACAUGUUUACAAUACCAAAAAAAGAAAAAAAAAAUCUUCGUAAGCCACUUUACAAUAAUACCACGUGACAGAGAGUUUCCAGAGCCGGACACGCCACACUCAGCCCCCAGCCUCUGCUGCAGUUUGGGCUCUUAACCCCAGGCCUCUCUUUCCCUGUCUCCCCUUAAAACAACUAAUUUAAGUUUGCUUGUUUUUUUUUUAACUGAGUUGAAUUGAGAUUGAUGUGUUUUUCAGUGGAUUUGAUCUCUCUCAACUUCCUGCACUUAAACAACAUUAAAUAGGAACUUUUGUCUCCACUGAGACGACGGGACGUGCGAGACGCACGGUUGGAUAACGUGAGAAAAGGACAUAGAAGCUUUGGUCGCCACGUGAUACGGUCAGGAGCCUGAAACCCAACACGUCUCCCUCGGUGCUGGUGCCGAGUGCCUGCUCCGCUCCGCGCUGGCGGUAUGCAAUGGUGUCUGAUCCCGUUCGGGCCGUUGUGGACAGAUUUAAUUAUUUGUAAUAAAAGAUUUGCCGCAGUCUGAUAACUGCCCGAGGCGCA